AGAGAAAGUAGAGGGGGGAGGCUGCCGCCAUCUUGGAUGCCGCGGAGCCCGAGAGACGGGGGCGAGAGAAAGAGAGAGGGAAGAAGAGGGAGAGUGAGAGAGACCCGAAGACGCCGGAGCUGCCGGAACCUGGCUGGAGAGUAGGUCAACAGCAAGUGCCCAGGGGCCUCUAGUGUCAACGCUCUAUAAAGUAUGAAGAGAGCCCCCCUAUAGUGAAGGAAACAUGGCAGAUAAGAGGAAGCUACAAGGUGAGAUCGAUCGGUGUCUCAAAAAGGUAUCGGAAGGUGUGGAACAGUUUGAAGAUAUCUGGCAGAAGCUCCAUAAUGCAGCGAAUGCCAAUCAGAAGGAGAAAUAUGAAGCUGAUCUGAAAAAGGAGAUUAAGAAGCUCCAGAGAUUGAGGGACCAGAUCAAGACAUGGGUUGCAUCCAAUGAGAUUAAAGACAAAAGGCAGCUAAUAGACAACCGGAAACUCAUUGAGACGCAAAUGGAGCGGUUCAAGGUAGUGGAACGUGAGACCAAGACAAAAGCCUACUCCAAAGAGGGGCUGGGCCUCGCCCAGAAAGUGGACCCAGCCCAGAAGGAGAAAGAGGAAGUUGGGCAGUGGCUGACGAAUACAAUAGACACCUUGAACAUGCAGGUGGAUCAAUUUGAGAGCGAAGUGGAGUCGCUCUCGGUCCAGACGCGCAAGAAGAAAGGAGACAAGGAUAAGCAAGACCGGAUCGAGGGCCUGAAGCGGCAUAUUGAGAAGCAUCGGUACCACAUCCGGAUGCUGGAGACAAUCCUGCGUAUGCUGGACAACGACUCUAUCAACGUGGACUCUAUCCGCAAAAUCAAGGACGAUGUGGAGUAUUACGUCGAUUCUUCGCAGGACCCCGAUUUUGAGGAGAAUGAGUUUCUCUACGAUGACCUCGACUUAGAAGACAUUCCACAGGCACUGGUAGCCACUUCCCCACCCAGCCAUAGCCACAUGGAAGAUGAGAUGUUCAACCAAUCCAGCAGCACCCCCACAUCGACCACGUCCAGCUCCCCAAUCCCACCCAGCCCUGCAAACUGCACAACGGAGAACUCUGAAGAUGAUAAGAAACGAGGACGAUCAACAGACAGUGAAAUCAGCCAAUCCCCAGCAAAGAACGGUUCAAAAGGCCUCCACAAUAACCACCACCAGCCUCCUCCCACCAUCCUUCCCAGCUAUCCGAUGGGCAGCAGCUCCAGCACAUCGUCCUCCCUGGGGAACGGGCCUGGCUCCAACAGCAACGGGGCCGUCGCGGGCAGCGGGAAUGCAAGCAGCAAAGCCAACCCUCCGGCAGGGCACGCACCGACCACCCCAACCCCUUACGCGCAGGCUGUGGCACCCCCACCCCCCAGCACCAAUGCCUCACAGCCCCGGCCUCCCAGCACCCAGCAGAACGCCAGCAAGCAGAACGGUGCAACCAGUUACAGCUCCGUGGUAGCCGACAACAGCUCAGAUUCGACACUAAGCAGCGGCAACCAGUCAUUGCCUAACCAGACAACGUCACACAAUCCACCCAGUGCUUCCACGAAAGAGCCCAGUGCAGCUCCUCAGCCAUCAAGUGUUGGCAACAGCACUGGAUCCAGCCUCCUGGUGCCUCUGACUGCCAACCCACCUGCCUCACCCACACCCAGCUUCUCCGACAGCAAAUCUGCCCAGACGUUGCUCAACGGGCCACCCCAGUUCAGCUCCACGCCUGAGAUCAAGGCACCUGAACCCCUAAAUACGUUGAAGUCCAUAGCUGAAAGGACAGCGAUCAGUUCUAGCAUAGAAGACCCCGUGCCAUCUCUUCACCUGGCUGAAAGGGCUGACAUCUUAAUUACUAGCACAACAUCUCAGCCAGCCUCCAACCAGCCCCCCAUCCAGCUCUCGGAGGUGAACAUCCCCCUUUCCCUCGGGGUGUGCCCUCUGGGGCCCGUGCCUCUCAUUAAGGAGCAGCUGUACCAACAGGCCAUGGAAGAGGCCGCCUGGCACCACAUGCCUCAUCCUUCUGAUUCGGAAAGAAUCCGGCAAUACCUUCCUCGGAAUCCUUGUCCGACUCCUCCAUACCACCACCAGAUGCCUCCUCCACACUCCGACACGGUGGAAUUCUACCAGCGCCUCUCCACAGAGACUCUUUUCUUCAUCUUCUACUAUCUGGAGGGUACGAAGGCACAAUACCUGGCAGCAAAGGCACUGAAGAAGCAAUCGUGGCGCUUCCAUACGAAGUACAUGAUGUGGUUUCAGCGGCACGAAGAACCUAAGACCAUCACUGAUGAGUUUGAGCAGGGCACUUACAUCUACUUUGACUACGAGAAAUGGGGCCAGCGCAAAAAGGAGGGUUUCACCUUUGAAUACCGCUACCUGGAAGACCGGGACCUGCAGUGAUGCCCUGGGGCCAGCAGGGGGUGCCAAGUUUUCCUUCCAGAGACAGCUGUGGUGGUGUGCUGGGGGCAGCGGCAAAGGAAGACCCACCUACCCCUCACCUCUCUUCAUCUUCCCCCCCAGAUCACAAGCGGGGUGGGAGGGGGCAAGCCGCAUGUUUAAAAAACGAAUGCAUGCAAGUUUUAAAAAUGACCGCAGGAUGGAGGAGGAGGGGCAGCGGCAGUGGCAGGCUUCUCCUCUGCCUUUUCCCUGCUCUCUUCUGCCUGUGAAGAGGUCAGAAACGGGGAAACGCCCUUCAUGCGCACCAGGUUUGGGUGCCAGAAUGGAGAUUAAAAGGAAAAAAAAAAGAAUUUGAGAAUCCCACCAAAAGAGUGACUUCCCCCAUUCUACAUUUUGUGUGUGUGUUCUAAAUAAGAGCAUUUCAGCCCUGUACUUAUUUGCAGCAAACACAAAACACCCAACUGCCCUUUUGCCAGCCCUCCCCUUUUUUUUUUUUUUUUUUUUUGGUGCAAACUCCAUCCCGUUUGGCUGUCAUCAGAUGCCCAAUGUGACCUUUACAAUAUCAGGUCCCAUGAACCUUAUGGUGACCAUUUUCCGACCCCUCGUCCACUUGCCACUGCUGAAAAUGGCAAAUUGGCAAAAAAUAAUAGGAUUGCAAAUUUGGGAGCAUCAACCUCAGGUUACAAAGUCUCCCAGUGACCAGAGAAAUUCUGGUGGAUUGCCCGUCAGCUUUUGGCUGCCAUAAUUUUGACUUGCUUUUUCUGCAAGUUGUAAGGAGACCCCUAUGCCCUUAGUUGUCCUCAUUUGGAAGAGUCCCUUUCCUGACUGGAACAAUGAUGUUAGGAUUCUACGUUCUCCCCCGUCCCCAACACUGCUUUUCCUUUCCAAUAUUGCCACCAUAAAUUUGAUAAGAGCUUGUAUCUAAUCUGCUGCUCCUCCCACAGGAAGACACCCCCUUCCCCAAUAAGACUUGCAAUUUUUUCCUAAUUGGAAAGGGAGACAUUUGGGAAAACUUGUGGGGGGGAGGUGGGAUCGAUCUCUCCUCAGCCAGCCCCCUGAACUGGAGCAUCCUGCCCACGCCGCUGUUAAGAUAUUUUUUCGUAAGCCUAUUUUCAUUUUGGAAAAUAUUUAUGAAUAAAUAGUUUUAUAUGAG